CUCCAUUGUAACAGUAUCUCUCACGCCAUCUUCCUUUCCCUUCUCUCUCUCUGUCUCUCCCACACACAGUUAAAUCGUCGGCCAUUUUCCGUUCACCACCUCAACGACGUCAUUUUGAUCAUAUAAAUGUCGCAGCAGCAGCAGCAGAGUAAUAUUCCGGUGAGCGAAGUCUAUUGGUCUCUGGUCGCGAAGGCCGACAAGAAAUUCUCCAAAAUUAGGGAUUUGCCCUACUACGAACGCAACAGAUAUGGUACGUACUUUCACAAAGUUUUUAAAGUGUACACCCAAUUGUGGAAGUUUCAACAAGAGAAUCGACAGAAGCUGGUGGAAGCAGGGCUCAAGAGAUGGGAGAUUGGAGAUAUUGCGUCUCGUAUUGGUCAGCUUUAUUUCGGGCAGUAUAUGAGGACAAGUGAGGCAAGUUAUCUCCAAGAGUCAUAUAUAUUCUAUGAAGCCAUCCUGACUAGGGAGUAUUUCAAAGAUGGUGUGUUUCAGGAUCUGAAUCUUGUCAACAAACAAUUGAGGUUUCUUGCUCGGUUUUUGACGGUUUGUUUAGUGUUGGGCCGGCGAGAAAUGGUCUAUCAGUUGGUAAAUCAGCUCAAAAUGUUGGUUGAUGAGUGCAAGAGGACUUUCCAGGAAACUGACUUUAAAGAAUGGAAGCUGGUGGUUCAGGAAAUAGCUAAAUUUCUGAAAGCUGACCCACCUUUUAUGAAUAUCAGGCCUUUGAGAUAUAGUAUUGUCUACCACCCUAAUGAGAUCAAGUUUUCGGAGCUUUCUCUUGACACUUUCAGAAUGCUCCAGUGUCUGGAGUGGGAACCCAGUGGCUCCUUUUACCAGUUUAGUGGAGCUCAUUCAAGUGGGAAUGGCAACAUUGCUCAGAAUGGGGCCCCAGGGCCUAGUCGAGUUAAUUACUCACAAGAUAUAACUGAUCCAACUUUGCCACCUAACCCAUGCAAAGCUGUCUUAUAUCAUCCAUCAAUUACACAUUUCAUGGCAGUUCUGGCUACAGUUUGUGAGGAGCUUCCUCCUGAUGGAGCUCUCCUAAUAUAUCUAUCUGCUUCAGGCAGCAAUGUGCAUGCUGUGCCAUCUCUGUCCUGUGCUGGAACUUGUAUAUGCAAUUCCGAAAACAUGUCCAAGAUCUCAUUCCACUCUCCACCUGAGAGCCCAAACUCUUCUCCUGAGCAAAGCAAAGGGGACUGCUUACAUUACCAUACUGGUGGCUUGCAUAUUGGUGCUCGCGGAAAUGGAGGUUUGAAUUGCAUUUAUCCUUGUGAUUUAAUUCCAUUUACAAGAAGACCUCUUUUUCUGGUUGUUGACAGUGACAGAAGUAAAGCAUUCAAGGCAAGUAUCUUAACACAACUCUUUGUUUAAGAACUCAUGAGUUUCAUAUGCAGCAGUUUGAGACAUGGCCAUGAUAAUAUGAAUGGUGAUUUCGUGCCUAUACAACGAGC